UUAACUCUUUAGGCAUCACGGGUACAAAUUUUGUACCACCCUUCUCACCUCGGCAUAGCGGCGGCGGUUCAUAUAGUAGACCUCCAAUCUAAUACAGUUUGACUAGUGUAUAUGUGGUUUAUUUCGUGAACCACCUUUAUUCCAGGAUGGUUUUGACUUGUUGAAACAAUUCGCGCAUGGCUAUUGGCCUUGGAUUAGUUCAGAAAGCUAUUAUAGGUCUAGUAGAAAUGUAAACAAAUGAAAUUCCAGACGAAUCAUAAUAAAAUAAUUAUUAAUUACAAUUUAUAAACAAAUUAUCAAUUGAUGUUGUGCAUAUACCUUCUGAAAAAUGUCAAGACGAGAAGUAGAUGAACUACCGUUUCGACUAGUAGAUAUGAACGUUGAUAACUUAUAUACAGAGCUGGAUGAUUUUUAUGAUACAGCAGAAGCAGAGCCAAUACCGUCGGAUGCGGAGUCUGAAGUAGACAUUUUUGAUGUUGAAGAAGAAAUGCCACCUGACAAUGGUAAUGACAUGCCAAUUUCGGAUUCUGAAGAUGAAGUCGACAUACCUUUAUUUGAGCUGAAAGCAAGACUCACCAAUAAUUUACCGCACAAUGCACCCUUGUUGAACCCAAUUUAUAAUCCUCCAAAAUAAUAUAACGACUUUAGACCUACACCGCCACCAAUCAUCUAAACAUCAACCUGAAGGUAGCUCCAGAAGAAGAUGUGCUUUGUGCAGCACGAAAGCAAAACAAAUAAGAACAGAAUGGAUUUGUACCAUAUGCCAAGUACCUCUCUGCUUGGGAAAAAAAAGGACAUGCUUCCAAACAUACCAUAAUUCUUGAAUCUCAUUAACUUUUAUUUAAAAAUACGGGAUUUGAACAACAAAAUAUGCACUUUUCAAGUAAAGGCCUAUAAAUUAUUAUUACACCCCAAACGGUCUGGUGGUACACAUAUUGUACCUCCCGUAUUAUCAA